CCCGCGCCCCCCCCCGCCGCGUCCCCAACGUCCGCCCGCAGCCACCGUCACCCGACGUGGGACAGAUGUCACCCCAUGGGCCACCAACGUCAUCCGGUGGGCCACCGACGUCACCCAACGGGCCGCCGUCGCUCUUGGGACAGAUGUCGCCUCACGGGCCGCCGGUGUCGCCCUAUGGGCUACCAGGCUCACCCAGCGGGCCACCGGUGUCAUCCAACGGGCCACCGUCGCUCUUGGGACAGAUGUCACUCAAUGGGCCACCAGCGUCACCCAGUGGGCCACCAGCGUCACCCAGCGGGCCACCGGUGUCAUCCAAUGGGCCACCGUUGCUCUUGGGACAGAUGUCACCCAAUGGGCCGCCGAUGUCACCCGGUGGACUACAAGUGUCACCGAAUGGGCCAGUGUCACCCAAUGGGCCACCGAUGUCACCCAGUGGGCCGUCGGUGUCAUCCAGCGGGCCACCAGUGCCACCCAACGGGCCAGUGUCACCCAGCAGGUCAUCAAUGCCACCCAACAGGUCAUCAAUGCCACCCAGUAGGCCAGUGUCACCCAGCGGGCCACCAGCGCCAUCCAACGGGCCACCAGUGUCACCCAACAGGUCAUCAACGUCACCCAACAGGCCGCACAGGCCACCAGUGCCACCCAAUGGGCCAAUGUCACCCAGUGGGCCACCAGUGUCACCCAACGGGUCACUGUCACCCAACGGGCCACCAACGUCACCCUACGGGUCAUCAACGUCACCCAACGGGCCACCAAUGCCACCCAACGGGCCAGUGCCACCUGACGGGCCACCGAUGUCACCCAAUGGGCCAAUGUCACCCAAUGGGCUGUCAGUGUCACCCAACGGGCCACCAAUGCCACCCAAUGGGCCAGUGUCACCCAUCAGGCCACCAGUGUCACCCAGCAGGCCACCAGUGCCACCCAACGGGCCAGUGCCACCCGAUGGGCCACCAAUGUCACCCAACGGGCCAGUGCCACCCAACGGGCCAACGCCAGCCCCGAGGAAGCCACCCCCAAUGGAACCGUGGCCACCAACAGUGCCACCAUCAGAGCUGCUGUCCCCAGGAGGUGUCCCCGUGGAUGUCCCCAUGGAUGUCCCCAUGGGUGUCCCCAUGGGUGUCCCCAAGGCCGAUGGUGGCCGGCGCAGCGCCCGCCACGGCCGCGCCAUGCUGAGCUCAUCCCUGCGCCCCACGGCUCCGCCCCACGGCACCGAGCAGCCCCACAUCCAGCAGCUGGACGGGGUGGACGAUGGGGACAAGGGACAGGGGGGACAAGGAGGUGACACCGAGGACCUCCCGUCCGACAUCGUGGAGUUCGUCCUGCGCAACAUGGCGGGCGCCAAAGGCGGCAUGGCGCCCGGCGCCAACGGGGACAGCGCCUGGGGGGCCGGAGGGGACGGCAGGGGACAAGCGGUGGGGACACGGGGUGGGGGUGGCGGGGGGGGCAGCCGGAGCCGUGGGGGUGGCACCCGUGGAGGUGACACCUGGAACCGUGGGGGUGGCACCCAAGGAGGUGUUGCUCAUGGAGAUGUCGCCAACGGAGGUGGCACCCGCGGAGAUGUCACCUGUGGAGGUGGCACCUGGAACGGUGGAGGUGGCGCCCAUGGGGAUGUCACCCAUGGAGGUGGCACCUGGAACCACGGAGGUGGCACCUGGAACCACGGAGGUGGCACCCAUGGAGAUGUCACCCAUGGAGGUGGCAUCUGGAGCCAUGGAGGUGGCACCCAUGGAGGCGUUGGUCAUGAAGAUGUCACCAACGGAGGUGGCACCCAUGGAGGUGGCACCCAUGGAGAUGUCACCCAGAACCACGGAGAUGUCACCUGGAGUCGUGGAGGUGUCACCCACGGUGGUGUCAACCAUGGAGAGGUCACCCACAGAGAUGUCACCCAUGAAGAUGUCACCCAGAACCACGGAGGUGUCACCCAGAGCCAUGGAGGUGUCACCCACGGAGGUGUCACCCACGGAGGUGUCACCUGGAACCACGAAGAUGUCAACCAUGGGGAUGUCACCUGGGGGAGCGUCACCCGUGGAAAUGUCACCCAGAGCCACAGAGAUGUCACCUGGGGAGGUGCCUCCUGGGGUGAUGUCACCCACGGAGGUGUCACCCGUGGAGGUGCCACCCAGAACCAGGGAGAUGUCACCUGUGGAAGUGUCACCUGGGGAGACGUCACCCAGAACCACGUCGGUGAUGGGCACAGAACCGGUGGAGGUGUCACCCAUGGAGGUGUCACCCGUGGAGGUGUCACCCGUGGAGAUGUCACCCAUAACCACGUCACUGAUGGCCAUGGGGCCUGUGGAGGUGUCACCCAUCACGAUGUCACCCGUGGGACCACCGUGGAUGGCAGUGCCACCCACCUGAAUGGCACCCCGAGCUACGGCGAUGUCACCAAUGUCACCCAACACGGUGUCACCCAACAUGGCAUCACCCAACACGGCGUCACCCAUCAUGGCGUCACCAGUGUCAGCCAUCACGGUGUCACCGAACACGGCGUCACCCAUCAUGGUGUCACCAACGUCACCCAUCACGGCGUCACCCAUCACGGUGUCACCCAACAUGACAUCACCCAACAUGGCGUCACCCAUCACGGUGUCCCCCAUCACGGCGUCACCCAUCACGGUGUCACCCAUCACGGUGUCACCCAUCAUGGCGUCCCCUCCACGUCCCCAGAGGGGCCACCGAAGCGGCACGGUGAUCUGCCAGGACCUGGGGGCAAGAGGGCACGGCUGGAGGCCACCAGCAACGGGGACAGCGCGGCCACCGGGUGAGUGCCAGCGUCACACUUGGGCGCCCGCCAGACUGGGACCCUCCCAGUUGGGCGC